AUGACUGCUUCCAACAUCGAGACACGCUCCUUCAUCGCUGGCGAGUUCGCCCAGACCUCGGGCGGCUCCUUCACCCUCAAGAACCCGUCAAACGGGGAGACGGUCUGCGAGGUGUCCAUCGCGGGCAAGGCCGACGUCGACAGGGCUGUCGCAGCUGCUGCUGCCGCUCAGCCAGCGUGGGCUGCUCUCCCGGCUGCCCAACGCGCUGCCUGCUUGAACAGGUGGGCGGACUUGAUUGACAAGAACGUCGAGAAGAUCGUCCAUGUCGACGCAAUCUCCGUUGGCAAGCCCGUCGGCCCUCAAACGAAUGAGAUCGGUAUCACGGCCAAUCGCAUCCGCUACGAGGCAUCUCUCACGCUGAGCCUUGUCGGCGAAUCCUCGACUUUGACGCCUGGACAGCUUGGCCUCAUCCUUCGCGAGCCGUACGGUGUCGUCGCAGGUAUUUGCCCGUGGAACGUCCCGACCAUCAUGUUCGCCGGUAAGGCAGCUCCUGCCGUCGCCGCCGGAAACGCCAUCAUCAUCAAGUCGUCCGAGAAGUCGCCGCUCAGUUCGCUCAUCCUCGCCGGCUUGACUGUCGAGGCUGGGUUCCCGCCCGGCAUCAUCCAGGUCCUCUCCGGUUUGGGCGAGACCGGCGCUGCGCUCGCCGAGCACCCUGAGAUUCGCAAGAUCUCGUUCACCGGCUCGACUCGCACCGGCCGUCGCGUCGCCGAGGCUGCCGCCAAGUCGAACCUCAAGGCUGUCUCGCUCGAACUCGGCGGCAAGAGCCCGACAAUCCUUUUCGAAGACGCCGACCUGGAGCAAGCCGUCCCGGCCUGCACCUUCUCGCUGCUCUGGAACAGUGGCCAGAUCUGCAUGGCCAACACGCGACUCUACGUUCACGAGAAGAUUGCCGACAAGUUCCUCGAGAUGUUCAAGGAGCACUGCGGCAACUUCAAGCAGGGCGAUCCGCUCGACCCGCAGACUUUCCUAGGUCCCCAAGCGGACGAGAUCCAGGGAAAUAUCGUCAAGUCGUACCUCGAGGCGGGCAAGAAGGAGGGCAAGAUCGCGAUGGGCGGCGAGGCUGUCGCGGGCAAGGGCCACUUCAUUCAGCCGACCAUCUAUACGGACGUCUCGGAGGACGCCAAGAUCAACAAGGAGGAGAUCUUUGGUCCCGUCGCCGUCGUCCACCGCUUCACUGACGAACACGAAGUGGUUCGUCGUGCGAACGAUUCCGAGUACGGCCUCUACGCCUCCGUCUGGACGCAAGACAUCGACCGCGCCGUGCGAGUCGCUCGCAAGCUCGAAGCCGGCACCGUCGGCGUGAACGCGACGUCGCCUUCGACGGCGAACGAGCUCGUUUUCGGCGGAUACAAGCAGUCUGGCUGGGCGCGCGAAGGAGGCGUCAACUCGCUCCACCUCUGGACUCAGCAGAAGUCGGUGGUCAUCAAGUACAAGAGUGCGCUCUGA